CGGUACUUCAUAGGUGGACCAGGCUGACAGCAAAUGCCCUCCUGUGUGCCUCCUGUACAUCACCACAAUACUCGCAUCUACCAAUUCAACGUCUUCGCAUUGUCCACGGUCCUUCACGCGCCCGCAGAAGUGUCGUCUCUAUCUCCCUGAAGGCGGCUGUCCCCCACGUGUUCCCUGGACGCUCGAUCGCAUCAAGCUUGCGCUUCACCGUGCCACCACAGGAGCCGUGGGCGUAUGAGGGGCACAACCUCGAAUCGCCAUCUGUGUGAGCGAUGGCGGUGAGCAGGAUCAAAGGGGUCUUCCAAGCACCCAGGAAAGGAGAAACGUUUGAGCUGAGAGCCGGCCUGGUGUCGCAAUAUGCAUACGAGCGCAAGGAGGCGAUUCAAAAGACCAUCAUGUCCAUGACCCUGGGCAAGGAUGUGUCUGCAUUGUUCCCAGAUGUUCUGAAGAACAUUGCCACCUCGGAUCUGGACCAGAAGAAGCUGGUGUAUCUCUAUUUGAUGAACUACGCCAAGUCACAUCCAGACCUAUGUAUCCUGGCGGUCAAUACGUUUGUUCAAGAUUCAGAGGAUCCAAAUCCAUUAGUGCGAGCGCUGGCGAUACGGACAAUGGGAUGCAUUAGGGUGGACAAGAUGGUAGACUACAUGGAGGAACCACUUCGAAAGACAUUACGGGACGAAUCUCCUUACGUGCGAAAAACAGCUGCGAUAUGUGUCGCGAAGCUUUUCGACCUAAACCCCACGAUGUGCAUUGAGAAUGGGUUUCUGGAAACCCUGCAGGAGCUUAUUGGAGAUCCAAAUCCGAUGGUGGUGGCCAAUUCUGUGACAGCGCUCGUGGAGAUCAACGAAACCGCGCCAGAGACCAAAGCACUACGUGUUACUCCGGCUACUCUGAAGAGGCUACUCAUGGCCCUCACCGAAUGCACGGAAUGGGGACGAGUGACGAUCCUAUCGACCUUGGCAGAUUACAAAACUACAGAUGUAAAGGAGUCUGAACACAUCUGCGAACGAGUUUCGCCUCAAUUCCAACACGUCAAUUCAAGUGUGGUACUGGCAGCUGUGAAGGUCGUAUUCCUCCACAUGAAGAAUAUCAACUCGGAUUUGGCAAAGCAGUACCUGAAGAAGAUGGCACCUCCGCUCGUGACACUGGUUGCUUCCGCACCUGAAGUCCAGUACGUUGCGCUACGAAACAUCGACUUACUCCUGCAAGCGAAGCCAGAUAUUCUGAGCAAGGAGCUGAGGGUGUUUUUCUGCAAGUACAAUGACCCUCCGUAUGUCAAGCUGCAGAAGUUGGAGAUUAUGGUGCGAAUAGCAAACGACAAGAAUGUGGAUCAAUUACUGUCCGAGUUGAAAGAAUACGCUCUUGAAGUUGACAUGGAUUUUGUCAGGAGAGCCGUCAAGGCUAUUGGACAAGCAGCAAUCAAGAUUGAGAGUGCCAGCGAAAAGUGUGUUAACACACUCCUCGACCUCAUUGCUACCAAAGUCAACUACGUUGUCCAAGAAGCCAUUGUGGUCAUCAAAGAUAUUUUCCGAAAAUAUCCAGGAUACGAAGGCAUCAUCCCCACCCUCUGCAAAUACAUCGAUGAACUGGACGAGCCAGAGGCCCGCGGCGCGUUAAUCUGGAUAGUUGGCGAGUAUGCAGAAAAGAUUAGCAACGCUGAUGAGAUCCUUGCCGGCUUUGUCGAAGGCUUCAUGGAAGAAUUCACACAAGUUCAGCUGCAAAUAUUAACUGCGGUUGUGAAGCUAUUCUUGAAGAAGCCAGACAACAACCAGGGUCUCGUUCAAAAGGUUCUGCAGGCAGCAACGGCCGAGAACGAUAAUCCAGAUAUCAGAGAUAGAGCAUACGUGUACUGGCGAUUGCUCUCAGGCGACCUUCAAAUAGCAAAGAAUAUCAUCCUCUCCGACAAACCCGCUAUCACCACAACAAUGACCUCCCUUCCCCCAGUCCUCCUUGAACAACUCCUCAAUGAGAUCUCAACUCUAGCCUCUGUCUACCACAAACCACCGGAAACAUUCGUCGGUCAUGGCCGUUUCGGUGCCGAUGCCAUCCAACACGCAGCCAUCCAAGAACAGCGCCAAGAGGCAGCUGACAACCCAAUCGCCGCAGCCUCCAUGGUUAACGCCCAAAACGGCACACCAAACAACGAUAAUCUGCUCGACAUCGACUUUGAUGGCGCUGCCCCCGCAUCUGCUGAAAUUCCUCCCGGAGCUGGAGCUUCUGGCUUAGAAGGACUGGCAGGCACGCCCCAGAGAGUUGCAAGCCCGGCAGCGGGUGCACCAGCCCCUGCGAGUAGCAUGAAUGAUAUGAUGGGUUUGUUUGAUAUGGAUGGUCCAAGCGUAGGGGCUGCCCCUGCGCAGAAUGAUGUGAUAAAUGGAUUUGCAGGUCUGGAUCUAGGCGGUGCGAGUCAGCCUCCCCCGGCUCAGACGCAGUUGCAGGAGGGCGGCAAGAAGACGAAUGAGGAUUUGCUUGGGAUGUUUUAGAUGUAAGGCAGCGGGCAAAAAGACAUGGCAUUUUGGGGUCUAUUGACCGAUGCGUUAUUAUGAAUCGAAUGAAGAAUACUUUUCAAUUCCAUUUUCAG